GGGCACCAGAAGGAUGGCGACCAACACGACGAUGCUUGCCGGCGACGGGAGCGACCACAUUCUUGCUCCCGUGUGGUCGUACUGCCUCAACAACAUGUCCGAGUUUACCUUUGUCUACAUUGGCACCUUUGUCAUCCACGAGCUGUGCUACUUUGGCUGCGCGGUCCCGUACAUGAUUGCUGAUGCCAUUCCGUACUUUGCCAAGUACAAGAUCGAGGCUGGCUCGUAUCCGAGCAAGGAGCGGCUGUGGUCUGUGUUCAAGACGCUACUCUUUCUGCAUGUCUUUAUCGAGGGCCCGAUGAUUGCCUUUACGCACUACUUUGUGACCAUGAUGGGCAUGCGGAUCGAGAUGCCGUUCCCGUCGUGGCUCUCCAUCGCCAAGACCUGCGUGCUCUGCUUCCUCAUCGAGGACUUUUACUUUUACUGGUGCCACCGGCUCCUCCACCGGCCGUUCUGGUACAAGCACAUCCACAAGAUCCACCACGAGAACAACGAGCCGUUUGGCAUCGCCGCCGAGUAUGCCCACUGGGCCGAGACUGCUAUCCUGGGACUCGGCACCAUUCUCGGCCCGAUCUUCACCUGCGACCACUUGCUCACCCUCUGGUCUGGCUCAUUGUCCGCCUCGUCCAGACCAUCGAGGUCCACUCGGGCUACGACUUUCCGUGGUCGCUCAACCGCUGGGUGCCCGGCUGGGCCGGUGCGCCUGCCCACCAGGUCCACCACAUGACGUUUACCACCCAGUACUCGUCGGUCUUUACCAUCUGGGACAAGGUCUUCCGCACCGACACCACCUUUAAGCGCAAGAUGAUGGCCACCUUCCCCGAGAACGAGUCAGCUGCUGGCAAGACCCAUGGCGCCGCCAAGGACUCGGGCUCAGACUCGGACUCGGACACCGGCUCGGCCGAAUCAACCGAGGCUGUCGUCGCCACCGGGGUCACCACUCCGACCCGGCGUUCCGCCCGGCUCGCGCGGAGGACCCGGGACUGAGGCCGCGGCAAGUGUGUAAAGUUAGAGGCGGAGAUCGAUGCCGAGCUCCUUGGCCUCGUCCAGGAGCAUCGAUGUCUCGGACGCGGUGAGCGCGUGCAGACAUUGAGGGUGGGCUGGG